AUGCAUUCAGGGGCCAAACAGCUGAAUAGAAUAUGUGACGAGAUCAUCAAAGAAAGACGGGCGGAGCGGAGGUCGGGAAAAGGAGUUGAAAGGCAUGACUUGCUGGACAAGUUACUCCAUCUUGAUGAAGCGGACUUGCGAGGCAAUCUCAUGACGUGA